UGCUGGGAAUGCGGGAGCAGUAAAUUGUGAGUCAACUCAGCAAUUCAGGACCGAGCAAACGUCAAACUCAUCGAGGCGAAGACUUAGCAGUGAAGCUUUCUCUCUCCUUCGUCACUAUAAAUACCAGAGAAGAGAGAGAGAGAGAGAGAGAGAGAGAGAAUGGAAGGAGAAAAUGAGAGUGAGCGUUUGGAUUGGUCGAGUUUGCCGGAAGGAUGCAUCGCGAACAUCGUUUCUCUGACGAGUCCGCGGGACGCCUGCCGCCUCUCUCUGGUCUCAUCCGCCUUUCGAUCGGCCUCCAAUUCUGAUUCCGUUUGGGAGCGAUUUCUGCCGUCCGAUUAUCCGGCCAUCCUCUCCCGAUCGUGUUCUCCAUCGCCUCCUCGGGGCGAUUUCUCAUCCAAGAAAGAGUUUUACUUCCGCCUCUGCGAUUCCCCCCUGCUCAUCGACGGCGGUACCAAGAGCUUUUCAUUGGAGAGAUGUAGUGGAAAGAAAUGUUACAUGCUUGCUCCAAGGAGUCUCUUUAUUGUAUGGGGUGAUACGCCUGAAUAUUGGACCUGGAUUUCUCUACCCGAAUCCAGGUUUUGGGAGGUGGCUGAGCUUCGCGCUGUGUGUUGGCUUGAGAUCCGUGGCAAAAUGGAUACUGGUAUGCUAUCGACGGGCACGGACUAUGCUGCAUACCUUGUUUUUAAGUUUACGGAAAACACAUACAACUUAGAGCGUCGACCUGUGGAGGUCUCUGCUGGAGUUGGCAGCCAAAAUGAGGUGCGAUCUGUUGUUCUUGAUCCUAAUGGUGGCUGGCAGGGAGAGGAGGAAGGCGUGCCACCAGGGAACCAAGCAUAUCUGAGUAUGAGGGGAGAUGGGUGGCGCGAGGUUGAGUUGGGCGAGUUUUUUAUUGAUGGAGACGAUUGCGAGGAGCUGGGGAUGAGUUUGCUGGAGGUGAAUGGUGGUCACUGGAAGCGUGGCCUUAUCAUCAAAGGGAUUGAGGUCAGGCCAAAAAACGGUUGAAUGAAUUAGUAAAAGGAAGAUCGGCCACAUUUGCGUAAGACUUGGUCAUGGCAUCAUUAAUCCUUCAGCUUGUUGAUUAAACUAUUUAACCAAUUUGCCCAUGUUUUUUUUUGCAUCUUUAUUGCUUUGAAUGUGGUUAUAAAAGGAUCACUGGCACUGGAUAUGUGAGUUGUGCUAAUAGAACUGCAUUUUGUUGUGCAUCUCAUGAGUAAUGGAAAAUAAUAUUUCUGAUUUUGUGAA